AUUUGAAUAAAAACAUACAGAAAGCUUUGAGUUUAAAGCUCAAGAUGCAAAAUGUGCACAUCGGUUUUGUGCCUUGUGUGUGUUAGCUUGCUGUUUAGGACCUCUCUGAGCUGCUAUCAGUGCUUUGUUGAUAUACAAGACAGUCUUCGCCUGUGUUGGGGUCACAUUUUGACACAACACAAUGUCAGAAAUGUGGAUGCCUGCUUCAGGAAGCUGGACCGCAUAUUUAAUAAUAAUGGCAGAGUGAUUGAGGCUGGCAGAGUGGGUGAAGGCUAUAACAAACAACUGAAAGAACUUUUGGAUGCAGAGAUCCUGCCCGUGGCAAACGAGUUUGACAAACAGCUGAACGAUGAAACCGUGUAUGAGAAAAGGUUGCAGACAGCGGCAGACAAUUUCAUCGCAGCUGCCUCCAAACUGCCUAGAGUCUCUGGAUGCGUCCCUCCAUGUGGUUUUCAGAGUGCAGGUGCAGUGUACAACUGUAUUACCUGCCAGUAUGAUUCCUGUGAAUUCCCACUCGACUGUCCGGUUAAAGAAACUAAAGCAGUGGAGAACAGCAGGAGCCAAAUGUGGUGUGAAGUGCCGUUUCUCUUACCAGACAAUAUGGAGGUGAUCUGGAGGUUUGCAGAAGAGGUGGAAACCCAGCAGGUGGAUCAGUUUAAAGAAGUGACUGCGGGGGUCGACAGGCUCUAUUCCAUCCCUUCAACCAGCUUGCAUCAUCAGGGCACCUACCAGUGUGAGAUCUACUCAGGCCAACGCUCCAUUGUCAGGCUAUACUUCUAUCUCACAGUGACCCCCCAGGUUGUGGCAGGCCACACAGAGCUGCAGGAGAUAUUCGACCUGUCUCUGCUCCCAGGAGGGCGGUUACUCCCUGCGUCUGGAGGGCCCCCUCAUCCCCCCCCCUUCCCCUCGCCACUGCUUCUCACCGCCUGUUUAACUGCUUUGCUUCUGCUGCUGUUCCUCUCCCUGGGAGCUCUUUAUUGGUCCUCAACACCAGAGAAAACAAGCCAUGCUGAACAUGAAGAUGGAGUUGAAGAUUUGGGAUUUUUGAAAGGUGGGAAGAUACAUGUCGUGCAAUAAAGGCAUUUCAU